CUCGUACGAAGUGGCGAGCGAGGGCGUGUAGUGUUGCCAGUCCCGUGUGAAUCUCGAAGUGUGAAGACUUCAUCGUCAGCAGCAUCCGUCAACCGGGUCUCUCUGUCUGUCUCUCGUCAUUCAUUCCCCCUGUCUGCCUGUUUCACUUCUUCGUCCGUCCUCAUCCUCACUCCGCCCGUCCUAUUCCUCCUGACUGAGCGGAGGAGCCCUGCGUCACGAGAGUCACCACCAGAGCACCACGGACACGCAAGAGCAGCUCCUCGACGACGACGGCAUGACAGCAGUGGAGCUGGAGCAGGAGGAGGAGAUCAACGUCGACGGCGACAGUCGAACGGCCACCCCGGAUCCACCUCCCCUGGGCCCCACCGCCCUCCUUCGGCCCUCAUCGGAUUCGCGCGGCGCCCCGAUGGCCAAACCACCUGUCAACACGGCCAGGUUGUCCUUCAGCAUCUCGGCCCUCCUCGGGGACAGCAAGGACCGAGCCAGUGACGAAGACGACAGGCGCGUGGAGAGCGACCAUGACGACGACCACGACGACGAGGAUGACCACGACGACGACGAGGAGUCCUAUGAAGAGGCCGUGGACGAUUACCAUAAUGUGUACAGCAGUCUGGGCGGGUUGCCCCCUGCUUACGGGCCCUUGGCAGGCGGAGCUCCGACAGUGCUCAGAGUCCCUGCCCACAGGCCCAUGGGCAUGGGGUAUCCGGGGUUGGCAGGACUAGCUGGAGGUCAUCCGUGGAUUCCUGGGCUCCCAGUGCCACCUUUUGAUCGGCCAACGGCGCUGGCGCCACAUUACCCAACUCUCGACAGACUAACAGGACCCUUCCCCUUGGCCCGCCGCAUCGGCCACCCGUACCAGAGCAGGACGCCCCCAAAACGCAAGAAGCCGAGAACGUCCUUCACUCGCGUUCAGGUCAAUGAACUCGAGAAGAGAUUCAACAAGCAAAAAUACCUGGCAUCCAGCGAGCGUGCCCAGUUGGCAAAACAGCUGAACAUGACCGAUGCCCAAGUCAAAACCUGGUUUCAGAACAGGCGAACCAAAUGGAGACGGCAGGCCGCCGAGGAACGAGAGGCAGAGCGUCAAGCCACCAACAGGCUGAUGAUGUCACUGCAGGCGGAGGCCCUGUCCAAGGGCCUUCUGACCGACCCGCCCACCACCCCGCUCUAUAACUCCAACGCCUCGCUGUGCGCCCUCGAAAACAUUAAGCCAUGGGCGGAGCGUAACAAACCCACACCCACAGGGCCCGAGCAGGACUCCUACGGGACGACUCCAGUGGUCUCGCCCACCUGCUCAUGAGUGCAGCCCGGGGACACCUUCUCCUCCUCCUCCAGUCAUCCGCUCCCUACCUCGUCCUCUUCCUCCUCCUCCUCCUCCUCCUACCACCCCUCCUCCUCCUCGGGCAUCCCGAAUUUCCUCCUUCAGUAGGAACGCUGUCCUCGCCGACGAAGGAGAUCGCUCAUCGUUUCGGUAACGCUUGACUUCACGUUCGCACGUCUCAGCGGAAACGAUGAUUGAUAUUUUUUUCUAUCGCAGGAACAUCGAAAAAAAUGUCCACAACUUGUCCCCAAAAGAGAGUUCAAAGUCAAGUGUUACUCAUUUUUCUCUUCCCAUCUGCCGCCGAGGAAAAUAGAUAAUAGUCAUCUGUCGCCCCCCCCCCCCCUUUUUUUUUUAAAGGGAGACUGCCCACAAAGCACGUCUCCGCAAUGCGUGUCAUGGUUUUUAUAUCUAAAAACCUCUUACCUUGUUAUUUGGGUGUCAAAUGAAGUUGCCAUAUACUUAAACAUAAGCCUUCCGACGCUUGCGUUUUUUGUAAACUUUUAUAAAGCAUCAGCGGAGAUUUUAUAUCUAUUGUGAUAAUUUUUUUUUCUCAACUUAAAGAUUAAUGAUCUCUGAUUGUCGCCCCCUUCCUAUCUAAAUUUUUUUUUAUAUCAAGGACGAUCUACAGAUUGUUACGUGCAGUAUGUGCUUAUAUAUAUGCAAUAUAUUCCAUUUACUACUCUUUAUUCAUUGUCAAAAUUAUUCUUCCGACAAAUGCCGCUGCAAUGCAAAGGCAAACCAAAAAUAAAAAUAUUUUAAGAUAUUUUAAAUUUCCUCUAAUUUAAUGUCUUAUUUUAAUUUUCUCCUUCCUCAUUAUUAUUAUUAUUAUUAUUAUUAUUAUUAUUAUUAUUAUUAUUAUUAUUAUUAUUAUUAUUAUUAUUAUUAUUAUUAUUAUUAUUAUUACCAGCAGCUAUUCCUGCUUUAUUCCUUCUAUUUAAAAGACUUUUAAUUUCCUCUAAUUUUUGACUUCGUAUCUUAAACUUCUAAAUGCUCAAUAUCGCUUGGCAACAAUGAUUUUUCCUUCUGCAGAUUUAUUUCCAUCAGUGUGUCAUGGAAUUUUCUGUGUAGCGUACAUAAUUAAUGAUAAUUAUACAAUUAUGAUUGUUGAUGUAUAUUUGUAUAAAGAAAGAAAGCGCGAUUUGUAUGAUACAUGUAUAUAUACAUAACUGUAUUAAUCCAUUUCAUCUAUAUGUCUUUCUGUAUCAAACUCUGU